AUGCGGCCCCCAAGAUUGGCCCUCCUGGUCAUCUUCUUCGCCGCCUCCUCCUUUGUCUUCUUCCGCUCUCUCGCGUCUCUGGCUCGAUUCAGCACCAUCCCACGACCUCUGACCCGAACCCCGUCUCGCCUGAGUGGCUUUUUCACCUUUUCGUCGCCCCUGGCUCUUUCCCCCGAACGCCGCCAUCAGCCUAACCGACGACAACAGCACCUCCUUUCCCGCGAGGCCAGCCGCUUUCGGGCCUCCUUACCGUCUCGCGGGCUCAGCGGCCAAUUAUGGAUCGGCAGCGGCUUCGCUGAUGAUAAUCUGCAAGAAGGCGAGGGCGAGGGCGAGUUGGGCUGCAGCGAUAUCCCCGGCUGGGAGGAUGGCCGAACCGCCGGCGCAUUUAAGGGGCCCGCUAAGAAUAUGGCCUCGAGUGGCCGCAAAGACGCUCCCGCCACGGGACACUCCCGUCGCUCGCGGGGAGGAGUUGGCCCCAUGGGCACGUACGAUCGAGACCCUGCCGUCGACUCGGCGUCCUCUCCCCCAGUUUCCGAACCCGUCGACGACGGCACCGACGACUAUCUGCAGCAUGGUAUCCCCUCGAAUUCGAAGCAGCGGGGAACACCGGGCGCUGCUGGAGCCCGCCACGCCGACAUACAGUCGAUUCAGGAGGCGGCGGAGAUCGCCGGCAAGAUUGUCCUCCUUAGCCGUGGCGGCUGCGGAUUCUUGGAGAAAGUGAAGUGGGCGCAGCGCAGGGGCGCCAAGGCACUCAUUGUCGGAGACAACAGAAAGGGCGGACCGCUGAUCCAGAUGAGCUUCAUCGAGGACAUUCUGGACGAGCACGGAAAUGCGGCGGCCAAGGUGCAAUACUCGGAUGUUGCCAAGAGGCAGAAAAAGAACCCAAUCACCAAGCUCGGCGAGGUGUCCUUCUCCGAGACCGUAGAGGCUCCGGGCUCUAAUUCCCGACGCCAGGAGCAGCGGCAGCAGCAGAAGAAACGGGGUUGGUUUUCAACCUUGUUCGGAUGGGGAAACUCGCCUACCACAGAAGGCAAACGAGGUGCGCUGGGAAGCAGCCACGACUGGGUCCUUGUGGAGGAUUGGGAUGACGAAAGCGACCAGCUCAUCAACCACGGCCUGAACAAAGGCGUCAAGACGGAUGGGUCGCGUACCGGCGGUAGCCCAGGAAGCGGCAACUCGGAUGGCGACGCGAACUCUGCGAGCUCGGGCGACGAAAACGGCAACGAAGCAGGUGGUUCAGACGGCAAGAAAGGCGGCCGAAUCAUUUCCACGCUGUUUGGGCAGGACGACGAAUCCGACGACCGAAGCCCCGAUGUUCCGGGCCUCUGGGUCACGAUUACACCGUCGAGCAGCACGAGCUCCUUUUUAGACACGCUCCUCGUCUUGGUCAUCUCGCCGCUCAUCACCCUAUCCGUGGUGUACGCGUUACUCAUCGUCCGGGCUCGCAUCCGGAGGCGGAGGUGGCGGGCGCCCAAGUCGAUUGUGGAACGGCUUCCCGUGCGUACCUACCACGCGGCAAUCCCCUCGCCCAUUCACUCUCCGCGCAUUCCUUCGCCCACGACCAGCUCUCCUACCACGCCGCUCCUGCAAGCAACCCCGUCCAGGUCUAGGCCUCGCUCUAGAACGACCACGGGCGUGCCCGAGUCGAGCAGCUUCCUUACACCACCACAAGUAUCGAGCGAGUGGAAAAAGUACAUGAGCAAACAGGUGGAGUGCGUGGUAUGCCUUGAAGAGUAUGUGGACGGGGUCAGCCGGGUUAUGAGCCUUCCCUGUGGCCACGAAUUCCACGUUGAUUGCAUGUACGAGCCUUACCACGAUAGCAGCGACGAAGAGGAGGCCGACGUCGGGACUCGGAAGAUGGUUCGGGUCCUUGAUGAACUCGCUCUCCGGCACGCCAUCCCCUCCCCGUCCGGCCGAGAGGCCGAAGAUCCGCGCACGCGGUAA